CUCUCUACCUGAGAAGGAGGAACCUUGCAUUGGCUCACUCAAAAUCUCCUUUCAAUUCUCAUGCAAGAGUAAAUAAAAAGGAUGGAACACACCAAUAACACCAUGGCUCGUGCCCUUUUCCUCAUGGCCUUGGUUUCCACCAUUGUGAUUGUGGCACAUGGACGCGGUCAUCAUAAAGGCGGGUAUGGUCGUCACAUGACUGCUCAUAAUGUAACUUACGAUGGUAAGUCAAUGUUCAUCAACGGAAGGCGUGAGCUACUCUUUUCUGGUUCCAUCCACUAUACACGAAGCACACCAGAUAUGUGGCCUGUCCUUCUUGAUAAUGCAAGACGUGGAGGCAUAAAUGUCAUCCAAACCUACGUGUUUUGGAAUGCUCAUGAGCCCAUACAAGGACAGUUCAACUUUGAAGGUAAUUACGACUUGGUGAAGUUUAUUAAGCUUGUUCAAGAGCAUGGAAUGUUUGUCACUCUCAGGGUUGGACCCUUCAUCCAAGCCGAGUGGAACCACGGAGGACUUCCAUAUUGGCUUAGAGAGGUUCCUAAUAUCAUAUUCCGCUCUGAUAACGAGCCUUAUAAGCAACACAUGCAAGCAUUCGUGACAAAGAUUGUACAAAUGAUGAAAGAUGAGAAGCUCUUUGCUCCCCAAGGAGGCCCCAUCAUCUUAGCUCAGAUUGAGAAUGAGUACAACCACAUUCAACUUGCAUACGAGGAGAAGGGAGUCAGUUAUGUCCAAUGGGCUGCAAACAUGGCAGUAGCAUUGGAUGUUGGAGUUCCAUGGGUCAUGUGCAAGCAAAGAGAUGCACCUGAUCCAGUGAUCAAUGCUUGUAAUGGAAGACAUUGCGGUGAUACAUUCUCAGGACCAAACAAACCAUACAAACCAGCCAUAUGGACAGAGAAUUGGACUGCUCAGUACAGAGUACAUGGAGAUCCACCAUCCCAAAGAUCCGCAGAAGAUAUUGCAUUUUCAAUUGCUCGAUUUUUCUCCAAGGGUGGAAAUUUAGUCAACUACUAUAUGUACCACGGAGGAACAAACUUUGGUAGAACCAGUUCUGCUUUUACCACAACUCGUUAUUAUGAUGAGGCCCCACUUGAUGAAUACGGUUUACAAAGAGAACCAAAAUGGAGUCAUUUAAGAGAUGUUCAUAAAGCUGUGCUCCUUUGCAGGAAGGCUAUCCUUGGUGGCGAUCCCAAUGUAGAAAAGUUGAACGAAUUUCAUGAGAUUAGAACCUUUGAGAAGCUUGGAACAAACCUGUGUGCUGCUUUCAUAACCAACAACCACACAACAGAUGCAGCCACUAUUAACUUCAGGGGNACUAACUACUUUUUGCCUCCACAUUCCAUUAGUGUCCUCCCUGAUUGCAAGACUUUAGUCUACAACACACAAAGUAUUGUUUCACAACAUAAUUCGAGGAACUACGAGAGAUCUCCAAUUGCAAACAAUUUCCAAUGGGAGAUGUUCAAUGAGGCCAUCCCAACAGCUAAAAAAAUGGAUAUGUACCAAAAACUUCCGGCAGAGCUUUACAGUUUGCUCAAGGACACUACUGAUUAUGCUUGGUACACCACCAGCUUUGAGUUGGCUCCAGAAGACUUGCCAAUAAAGCCUGGAGUUCUCCCAAUUCUUCGUGUUAUGAGUCUCGGACACACAAUGGUUGCAUUUGUAAAUGGAGACCUCGUUGGAACUGCUCAUGGAACUCAUGAAGAAAAAUCUUUUGAUUUUCAACGACCAGUUCAACUAAGAGUUGGAACCAACUAUAUUUCCAUCCUCGCUGGCACAGUUGGAUUGCCUGANAGUGGAGCUUACAUGGAACAUAGAUACGCAGGACCCAAGUCCAUAUCCAUCAUCGCUCUCAACACAGGAACACUUGAUAUCACUACCAAUACGUGGGGUCAUCGGGUUGGACUNAGGGGUGAAGGCAUGAAAGUUUUCAGUGAUGAAGGAUCAUUAAAGGCAAAAUGGAANCCACUCAGUCCAAUCCCACGCCCUCUCACCUGGUAUAGGACAAGAUUUGCCACUCCAGAGGGAACAGGUCCAGUUGCCAUCAGGAUGACUGGAAUGGGCAAAGGAAUGAUGUGGAUCAAUGGUAAUAGUAUUGGUCGUCACUGGAUGAGUUUCCUCUCCCCACUUGGAAAGCCCACACAAUCAGAGUUCCACAUCCCAAGAUCUUUUCUUAACCCACAAGACAACUUGCUUGUUAUAUUUGAAGAGGAACCAUUGGCUCCAUUACAAGUUGAGAUCUUGAACGUGAAUAGAGACACAAUUUGCAGUUUCAUUGCAGAGAACGACCCUGCCAAUGUGAAUUCAUGGGUGUCCAGAAGAGGAAAUUUUCAUCCUAUUGUGCCAUACAUUGGACCCCAAGCCUCACUAAUGUGCGCACCUGGGAAAAAGAUUAUGACUGUUGAGUUUGCCAGUUUUGGCAAUCCAAGUGGUUAUUGUGGAGAGUAUAUUUUAGGAACUUGUAAUGCUGCUGCUACCAAGCAAAUCGUGGAGCAAGAAUGCUUAGGCAAAGAAACUUGCUCAGUUGCAUUAAAUCGUGCUUUAUUCAACCAAAAUGGUGUGGAUCCAUGCCCAGAAAUAUUGGUGAAAACCCUUGCAAUCCAAGUGAGAUGUUCUUAGAUCAAUUAAUAAAUGAAUCCAAGAUGGUUGGUUUGAUUUUGUCAAAUAGAAUCCAA